AUGCAGCUGCACCCGCUGAAGCCACUGUUACCGAGCGAAGAGCAGAUGUUGGACGAAAUAGCCCUAGAGUUUCUGCGUUCGCCUACGCGUGAAACUUCCGAGCUUCCGCUAGGAAUCGCAGAAAUAUCCAAUCUGCCAUCGGUUCUCACCACGGCUGCCAGUCUAGAACCGUGUGAACCAGUUCGUUCCAGUGCCUCCAUUGACAUAGUCCCCCAGAAAUCAAUGAUCACUCAAGAGAUUCACGCCUCCGAACGGGAGUCGGAUACUAUGGUGCUGGAUAGCACCAAACUAUCUACGGUACCCAAAUACAGCCUAAUUGGUCUUAACGAAUCAGUGCAAGUUUCCGAAGUACUGACGGAAGAAGUUCCUCACGAAACGAGUGAACUGAAGCCAGUAGCCCAUCUAGCCAAAACUGAAUUGAUUCCCACCCAAUCGCUACAGGUUAGCGAGUCGAUGACACACGAUUCCCUUACUGAUCUGCACACCGAAUCCGACGAAGCAUCAAGUGCCAAGAUAAGACUGUUUACCCACGAUGCUAAGAUCGUACAGGAAACCAUCAGUAAUCAAUCGGAGGAGAUCCUAACUUUGCCGCAAGCACCCUUCACGACGAAAGCGCUUGCCAAUGUUCUCUCGAAUGAAUCCGUCCAAGUAACCGAGAUUCACAGAGCUGAAAAAGAAGAACUGUUCGAAUCUCAAGUUAAACUACCCUCGGUAGUCCCCAAGUACCAAUUCCUGCCAUCCGAAUCAAUUCAAGCCAGUGAAACCAUAGCCGAAGAUAGUCCCAGCAAAUUCUAUCCCGAGCUGGCGGUUCCUACGGAAACCGCCCGCAAAGUCUUUAUCGAACAAAAAUCGUACACUACGCAUGUGUUGAACGCUCCGGAAAAGGAAGACAUCUACGUACCCGGUCGUUUACCAACCGAGCAGAAAGCCGACGUUCUAUUAUCCACAACCGAACCGCUUCAGAUUGCCGAACAGCCGGUCGAAGAACGGGAAUCCGAGUUCACAGCUGCACCCAAACCAACCUCCUAUCAAGCUAUGGACACUAUUGCUACCCUAGAAAGCAUCACAACCGAAACUGUCAACGAAAAUCUCACCACCAAACCCUUCGAAACAGAUUCAUACGAAACCAAAACCGCCAACGUAGACUUCCGCGAGCAAACACCGGCAUCCAUCUCGAAAGUCGUCAGCAACGAACGCGAAUCCGAGUUACCUGCCUUCGAACCAGCAUCCUCGGCGAAGGCACUCCCGCUGCUAUCGACCCUCACCAUCAGCCAAUCCGAGGUACCAUUCGUCCACGAGAAGGAAACUCUCCACCAGGGAGCUCCCCGUCCUAACGAAGCCGUCGCCGAAUCUACGCUGGAACCAAUGGAAAACAUUGCCAUAACCGAAAUCGAAACAGCUGACGCAGCCGGUCGAUUCUCCCCGGAAGUGCUAGAUCGAACCGAGAUGGCCACGACUGGAUUUACCCUCCAGCAGUCGCAUGCCGUGUCUGCGGUACUGACCAACGAAAAAGAAUCCAGUUUUGAUGGAAAGAUUGAUCAGAAACCAGCUUUCGCAACCACUCAGCUUGAUACACAGUAUCAGCUGGAGGUGACUACACACGAAACAAGCGAACGGGAGUCGCACUUUAGCAUUCCCGAGAGACUCGCGGAUCAAGUUGCGAAGACCAUCCCUACCGAUAUGUUGAAAUCUGUGGUAGUCCUAGAAACGCUAACGAAUGUUUCCGCUACCGAUUUCAGCAAAUUCGUCCCGGACACUUCCGCAGCUUUGAUCAAGACGGACAAUUUGGAGGAGAAGGUCGUUUCCGAAACUACGGUCUAUGAAGGUUUCCAAAAAUACGAGCAACUGCAACCGGAACAGAAAGUUGCGGACUCUUCACUGCAGCCUAAUACUGAACUGGUCAUCACGGAGGUUGUGACGGAACAGAAAGAACGUGACGGAUUUGAUGUAGGAGAAAUUGCUAAAGAUUACACCGCGAAAGCAGUUCCUACACAUACGCUGAAAAGUGUUUUGGUGCAUGAAACUCUCCCAUCCGAUAGUUUAGAUCAAGUUACGGACACUUCUCUGGUAACUUCGCAAGCAACCGUCAAGGAUGAUCAGUUCGAGGAAACUAUCAUAACGGAAAACGUAGCACUGGAAGUUACCCAGCAAUACACGACCCCAGAAGCACCAGCGCCAAAAUCAAUCGAACUACUGGUGGAACCUUCUGAGAGUCUCGUCGUUACCGAGGUUAUCUCGGAGAUCAAGGAACAGGAAGGUGUCACUGCCAGCGAAAUUGCCAAAGACUACGUCGCAAAGACGUCCGCUACAGACGCGCUUAAAUCUGUUCUAAUAGAAGAAGUUCAGCUGUCGGAUCGCACCGCUGAACUGAUCAAACCGGAUGUCGUUCAAUCGUCCGCCACUGUCCGAAAGGAUGAACAUGAACAGACCACCGUUUCCGAAGCGCUCAUCCUAGAACACCUCAAUCAACUGCUAGAUCAAGUGAAACCGGAGCAAAAAAUAGCAGAGCCGUUGCUAUCUCCCAGUACGGAGCUUACCAUCACGGAAGUUUUUGCCGAACAAAAGGAACGAGAAGGAUUCGACGUAUUGGAAAUCGCUAAGGAUUACGUGGCUAAACGAGUUCCCUCGCAUCUACUCAAAUCGGUGGUCGUUGAAACAACCGAAGCAACCGACUCACUCGCCGAUGUGUCGAAGGUGGCGAUGAACGAAUCUGCUGCUGUACUGAAAACCGAUCAAUUUGAAGAGACGAUCAUUAGUGAAACAAUGAUCUAUGAAGGUAUUCAGAAGCAGGAUCAACAGGAACUGGACACCCGUCAGGCUGAGCCAACUUUGCUUCCCAUUUCCGAACUGGUUGUAACCGAAGUAAUUGCCGAACAACGAGAAAAGGAAGGUACAGAUAUUGGAGAAAUUGCGAAAGAUUUCACCAUCAAAGCAACCCCUGCUCACACGUUGAAAUCGGUUCUGAUUCAGGAAACCCUUGCGUCAGAUACGGUAGAUCAAAUAGUCCAAGAUGCUCCACAAUCAUUUGCGGCUAGCGUGAAGAAAGACCAACUGGAGCAAAAGGUCAUUUCGGAAACAAUGGUGUACGAAGGCCUCGAGAAAGCGUCCACGGAACAAAAGCCAACCGAACGACAAGCUGAUCGAACAGUGCAGCUAGUUAACGAGCUGCUGGUAACAGAAGUAUCACCAGAAGAGAAGGAAAGAGACGGAUACUCUGUCGCGGAGUUAGCUAAGGACCACGUGGCGAAGAGUGUACCCACGGAUACACUGAAGUCGUUGACAGUCGAGGAGGUUCUCACCACGGAAGCGUCCGAGAAAUUCGAGAAUCUCGAGGCAGUAACUGCGGCCGCUACCCUCAAAAGUGAUCAACACGAACAGACUACAGUUUCGGAGACGAUGACCUUUGAGGGUACUACGGCGUACGAUGAAGAUUCUAAACCAACGGAAAAGCUUGCUGAAAAGGUUAUCGUACCAAUUGACGAGCUAGUAAUAACCGAAGUUUACCCGGAACAGAAGGAAAGAGAAGGAUAUGACGUUAAUGAACUGGCUAGAGAGAACGUUGCAAAGCAAGUUCCUUCCCAUACUUUGAAGUCUAUAAUGGUGGAAGAAGUUCUGCUAUCGGAUAACGUUGACCAGCUACAGAAACCGAAGGAAGUUACAUCCACUGCCGCAAUUAAGAGCGAUGAAUUCGAACAAACCGUGACAUCGGAAACCAUCAUCUACGAGGGUUCACAGCUACUCGGCGAAGACGAGCAACCGUCAAUGAAAACUGCAUCACCGGCGUAUCAACCCAACACCGAACUCAUCGUCACUGAAGUCAUACCGGAGCAGAAAGAAAAGGAAGGAUACAGCGUAGAAGAUAUUGCUAAGGAUCACAUUGCCAAAGCGGUUCCCUCGCAUACUCUGAAGUCAGUGCAGAUUUCCGAGACUCUUUCAUCUGAAAACGUCGAUGUACUUACGAAAGAAGUUCCAAUCAUUUCAUCUGCCGUAUGCAAGGAUGAUAAGCUGGAGGAAACACGGGUGCAAGAAACUGUCACAUUAGAAUCUACAGCAAGAUUCGAGGAAGAAUCUAGACCAGAACAAAGAACGGCUGAAACCAUUAUUACUCCUAUAAGCGAACUCGUUGUAACUGAGGUCGUUGCCGAACAGAAGGAGAAAGAGGGUUACAGCGUCGAAGACAUUGCGAAGGAUUACACCGCGAAGCUAACGUCGGAUACACUGAAAUCGAUCACCGUUGAAGAAGUUCAACUAGCUGACGAUCUCGGCAGAAUAAUUGACACGAAACUAGAUUCCAAAAUAGCUAUCAUUACCAAGGAAGAACAGGAGCAAACUACGACUGAUGAAACGUACAUCUUCGAAGGAAUUCAUCAGUACACGCCGUUGAAACCGACGGAGAAAUCAGCUGCGCCGAACAUCGAAGCCAUCACCGAACUGGUCGUCACGGAAGUAGUAACAGAACAGAAGGAAAAGGAAGGCUACGAUGUGCAGGACAUUGCAAGCAAUUACGUCGCGAAAGCGGUACCCUCGCACACGCUUCGAUCCGUUCAGGUUGAACAGGUUCAGCCAUCCGACGACGUUGGUCAUAUUGCUGAUUUGGAAACUUCAGCUUCACAUGCCCGCUCGAUCACCGGAGAGAUCGAACAGAAGAUCAUCUCCGAAACUGUCAUCAUGGACAACAUCGAUACGAUGGUAGAACAAAUUCAGCCGGAACAGAAAUCCGUGGAAGCAACCAUCCAACCGAACACUGAACUGGUAGUGACGGAAGUAAUCGCCGAGCAGAAGGAAAAGGAAGGAUACAGUGUCGAAGACAUUGCAAGCCAAUACACUGCCAAAGCGGUUCCUUCUCACUCGUUGAAAUCGAUUAUCGUCGAGGAAGUUGUCACUUCCAGUGCAACCGAAGACGUUGUAGCCGAUGAACGCAGCACGUCAACUGCACAGAUUCGAAAAGACACCUUCGAGCAGACUACAGUAACCCAACAAACCAUUUUGGAGCAUUUCGAGCAGCUUGAAAAACCCGUCCAACCGGAUCAGAAAUCAGCUACUGAAACAUUUGACCACAAACAAGAAUUGGUGGUAACUGAAGUGGUUACGGAACAGAAGGAAACAGAAGGAUACAGCGUCGAGGAGAUAUCUAAGAACUAUUCUGCGAAACAAGUACCAUCCCACACGCUGAAAUCGAUAACGGUUGAAGAAGUUCAACCAGACGAUGAUGCUGGAAGUAUUCAGCAACCUGAACCGGUAAUGGGCACAGCUAGCGUCCGGAAGAAUGAGUACGAGCAAACUACCGUUUCGGAAACUAUCGCCUUUGAAGGGUUGGGAUCGUCAACAGAGCAAGCCCUUCCGGAGCAGAAAAAAGCAGACAUGAUGCUGCAGCCAAUGACCGAACUAGUUGUCACAGAAGUCAUCUCCGAGCAGAAGGAAAAGGAAGGCUUCGAUGUGCAGGAUAUCGCCAAAGACUACGCCGCUAAGCCGGUAACUGAGGGGUUGAUGCGAUCCCUGGUGGUAGAAGAAGUUCAAGCAUCCGAUCAGCUUGGUGAUAUCACUCGGGCAGCUUUGGAACAAUCUGCCACAGUGAAGAAGGAUCAUUUCGAACAAACCACGGAAAGUGAAACAUUCGUCUAUGAAGAUGUUAGUCGUAUUCAAGAGUCCACCAAACCAGACGAGAAAUUAGCUGAAGUAUUGAUUCAACCAAAUGCAGAAUUGGUAGUAACGGAAGUCAUCAGUGAGCAACGUGAAAAGGAAGGAUACAGCGUGAAGGAUAUCGCAAAGGAUUACCUCGCCCAAGCAGUACCUGCUAAGACGAUGAAAUCUGUCACAGUUGAACAAGUUGAGGUAACGGAAGAUGUAACAACCAUGGAUGUUCAACAACAAGUCGAACACUCAGCCGUAUCAAGCAAAGAGACUUUCGAGCAAACUACAGUCAUGGAUGUAGUAGCCUACGAGGAUACUGCUCCGCAAGAACAGACUUCCCUGCCGGAUCAGAAGAAAGCGAUAACAAAUUUAGAACCUAUGUCCGAGAUUACCAUCACUGAAGUCGUUGCAGAACAGAAGGCUAAAGAAGGAAUACAUUUAACAGAAGCGGAGCAACAAAAAGCCAAACCCGUUCCCGCAGAUGAAUUAAAAUCUCUAACCGUUGAGCAAAUUCAACCUCUCCACGACGUGUCCGACGUUUCAACUGAAUCUUCCAAGACUACCAUGGCUAGCGUUACAACGGAUGAACUGUCGACAACUACAGUCACGGAAACGACUGCCUACGAAGGCGUCAAAGAGUAUGCCGGUAAACCAGAAAUCGACUCAUAUGCAGCGAAACUUAUCCCGGCUGACGUCUUCAAAUCGUUAACAAUAGAACAAGUGCAACCUUACAUUUUAACAGGAAAUGUACCGGAAGAAAUGCUACAGCCGCUGUCCGUGGUUGUCAGAACCGACGAACAAGAGCAGGUGAUCGCUACUUCAACGACGCCGUUCGAAUGUAUUAAAGAUUUCAUCGAAAAGAUUGAGUACGAAGAAUACACCGCCAGGAUCGUUACCGGUGACAUCCUGAAAUCGUUAACCGUCGAACAAGUCGUGUCCCUACAGCAAACCGGCGAUCUUGACAAGUUCAUAACGAAAGCAACCUCAGCCCUUGUCAAGUCCGAUGAACACGAACAAACCACGGUUACGGAAGCUGUGAUUUACGAGGCUUUGAAAGAAUACUUGGGAAGGCUAGAAAUCGAAGGUCAAACCGCGAAGCUUAUUCCCAGCGAUGUUCUGAAAUCGUUGAACGUAGAACAGAUUCAACCACUGGAUGAUCUCGACAUUGUUCGAUCCGAUCAGAAACCUCUAUCAUCGGCUAAGGUUAAAACGGAUGAGAUGGAACAAAUACUAACUUCGGAAGCUACCGUCUACGAAGGAUUGCAUGAGUACGAUGGCAGACAACCGAUGGAAGGACAUCUAGCAAAAUGCGUACUUCCGGACGAAAGAAAAUCACUAUCGGUUGGACAAACGGAAACAUUUAUUGGAAUCGGUGAUGUCACGAUCGAGUCCUCCAAACUUUCGGAAGCUACCGUUACAACGGAUGAAUUUGAACAAAAGAUCAUAACACAGAUAGAUACAUACGAAAGGGUAGAGGAGGGAACCGGUACAAUUCAGGUGGACGAGAAACACGCAACACCUGCGUAUGAUGGUUUGAAGUUACCGACCAAAUCGCUAGUUGGUACAUCCGAUGCCGUUGAAGAAUUGCUACUAACUGCGAAACUACAAGAGGAAAGUGCCACUAGCGCGAUCAUUGAACAGAUCAUUGCUUCGAAAUCCGAAACUGUGUCACACGAUUCGUUAGGCUUACUGAAGGCUCCCGAAAGAACAAACGAACAACACGCCAUCCCACAAGUGUCAGAUCUCCACGUACCAACACAUUUGGAAACAGUACUCAGUGAAUCUCUCGAACAAGUCCAACUCCCGGAGGCUAUAGUUGAGCAAAGUGCCACUGUUAACAUAAGCGAUUUCAUAGUUCCAUUGCAAUCCCAUGUCAUAUCCGGUGACUCCACAGCGCCAUUCACAGAGACCACCGAACCACGUAAGUUUGCCACCAAAUCUAUACAAGAAGGCUUGAGAGCUGCCGAAUGUAUAGAAGUGUCCAGUAAUGAACUAAACGACAUUACCGCACCAACCGAAGCCACUCAGCGACAGGCAUUGGUCUCAUUUACAACUAAUACCAUUGCAAAUAUAACCGAAACAAACAUACACGAAAAUGUAGAUAACAUUGUUGUAGCAAACGAACCCUCAGAGCGGUUUGCGAAAUUAACACAACCAACGCUCGAAAUGUACGAAGAAAUGUUACCAAAAGUAUUACAAGAUCACACAGCAACAUAUUCCAUACAUACACAUAAAACCAAACAAGCACAACACGAAGACACUGCAACACAAGAAACACAAGAGCAAGAAACGGAAACAACACUCACCAUCACCGAUCAGGAACAGGUUGACAGAAAAGAACUUCAGGAAUCGGUCAUCAAAAAGAAAUCUGAAAAGAAAGAAAAAAGCAUCAAAACCGUUACUACCCGAGAAGAUGAUCAGAUGAUUCCGUUCGAGAAGGCAGUUGAGUUCAAACCAAUUGAACCCCAAGAAGCCACUGUCCAAGAGCUUCCUGAAGAGAUCAAAGUCACUGAAACCAUCACUGAAGAAGGGCAACUAAAGAAACAGAUCAUCAAGAAACGCGUCAUCAAAAAGAAGACCGGAAAGAUGGAACAGGUUACUGAGAUCGUCACUAUUGAAGAAGAUGAUCAGCUUCCACAGACAACAGUCACUGUCACCGAAUCUGAGAUUCCGUUCGAGGAGGCCGUCGAAUUCAAGCCAAUUGAACCUCAAGAAGCCACUGUCCAAGAGCUUCCUGAAGAAAUCAAGGUCACUGAAACCAUAACUGAAGAAGGCAAACCGAAGAAGCAGGUCGUCAAGAAACGCGUCAUCAAAAAGAAGGCCGGAAAGAAAGAACAGGUUACUGAGAUCGUCACUGUUCAAGAAGAUGAUCAGCUUCCACAGACAACAGUCACUGUCACCGAGUCUGAGAUUCCGUUCGAGGAGGCCAUCGAGUUCAAACCAAUUGAACCUCAAGAAGCCACUGUCCAAGAGCUUCCUGAAGAGAUCAAGGUCACUGAAACCAUCACUGAAGAAGGUAAACCGAAGAAGCAGGUCGUCAAGAAACGUGUCAUCAAAAAGAAGGCCGGAAAGAAGGAACAGGUUACUGAGAUCGUCACUGUUCAAGAAGAUGAUCAGCUUCCACAAACAACAGUCACUGUCACCGAAUCUGAGAUUCCGUUCGAGGAGGCCGUCGAAUUCAAGCCAAUUGAACCUCAAGAAGCCACUGUCCAAGAGCUUCCUGAAGAAAUCAAGGUCACUGAAACCAUAACUGAAGAAGGCAAACCGAAGAAGCAGGUCGUCAAGAAACGCGUCAUCAAAAAGAAGGCCGGAAAGAAAGAACAGGUUACAGAGAUCGUCACUGUUCAAGAAGAUGAUCAGCUUCCACAGACAACAGUCACUGUCACCGAGUCUGAGAUUCCGUUCGAGGAGGCCAUCGAAUUCAAACCAAUUGAACCCCAAGAAGUCACUGUCCAAGAGCUUCCUGAAGAGAUCAAGGUCACAGAAACUGUCACUGAAGAAGGCAUAUCCAAGAAACAGGUCGUCAAGAAACGCGUCAUCAAAAAGAAGGCCGGAAAGAAGGAACAGAUUACUGAGAUCGUCACUGUUCAAGAAGAUGAUCAGCUUCCACAGACAACAGUCACUGUCACCGAGUCUGAGAUUCCGUUCGAGCAGGCCGUCGAAUUCAAGCCAAUUGAACCCCAAGAAGCCACUGUCCAAGAGCUUCCUGAAGAAGUCAAGGUCACAAAAACUGUCACUGAAGAAGGCAUAUCCAAGAAACAGGUCGUCAAGAAACGUGUCAUCAAAAAGAAGGCCGGAAAGAAGGAACAGGUUACUGAGAUCGUCACUGUUCAAGAAGAUGAUCAGCUUCCACAGACAACAGUCACUGUCACCGAGUCUGAGAUUCCGUUCGAGCAGGCCGUCGAAUUCAAGCCAAUUGAACCCCAAGAAGCCACUGUCCAAGAGCUUCCUGAAGAGAUCAAGGUCACUGAAACCAUCACUGAAGAAGGUAAACCGAAGAAGCAGGUCGUCAAGAAACGCGUCAUCAAAAAGAAGGCCGGAAAGAAGGAACAGGUUACUGAGAUCGUCACUAUUGAAGAAGAUGAUCAGCUUCCACAGACAACAGUCACUGUCACCGAGUCUGAGAUUCCGUUCGAGGAAGCCAUCGAGUUCAAACCAAUUGAACCCCUAGAAGCCACUGUCCAAGAGCUUCCUGAAGAGGUCAAAGUCACUGAAACCGUUACCGAAGAAGGCAUAUCCAAGAAGCAGGUCGUCAAGAAACGUGUCAUCAAAAAGAAGGCCGGAAAGAAGGAACAGGUUACAGAGAUCGUCACUGUUCAAGAAGAUGAUCAGCUUCCACAGACAACAGUCACUGUCACCGAGUCUGAGAUUCCGUUCGAGGAAGCCAUCGAGUUCAAACCAAUUGAACCCCUAGAAGCCACUGUCCAAGAGCUUCCUGAAGAGGUCAAAGUCACUGAAACCGUUACCGAAGAAGGCAUAUCCAAGAAGCAGGUCGUCAAGAAACGCGUCAUCAAAAAGAAGGCCGGAAAGAAGGAACAGGUUACUGAGAUCGUCACUGUUCAAGAAGAUGAUCAGCUUCCACAAACAACAGUCACUGUCACCGAAUCUGAGAUUCCGUUCGAGGAGGCCGUCGAAUUCAAGCCAAUUGAACCUCAAGAAGCCACUGUCCAAGAGCUUCCUGAAGAAAUCAAGGUCACUGAAACCAUCACUGAAGAAGGCAAACCGAAGAAGCAGGUCGUCAAGAAACGCGUCAUCAAAAAGAAGGCCGGAAAGAAGGAACAGGUUACAGAGAUCGUCACUGUUCAAGAAGAUGAUCAGCUUCCACAGACAACAGUCACUGUCACCGAGUCUGAGAUUCCGUUCGAGCAGGCCGUCGAAUUCAAGCCAAUUGAACCCCAAGAAGCCACUGUCCAAGAGCUUCCUGAAGAGAUCAAGGUCACUGAAACCAUCACUGAAGAAGGUAAACCGAAGAAGCAGGUCGUCAAGAAACGCGUCAUCAAAAAGAAGGGCGGAAAGAAGGAACAGGUUACAGAGAUCGUCACUGUUCAAGAAGAUGAUCAGCUUCCACAGACAACAGUCACUGUCACCGAGUCUGAGAUUCCGUUCGAGGAGGCCAUCGAGUUCAAACCAAUUGAACCCCAAGAAGCCACUGUCCAAGAGCUUCCUGAAGAAGUCAAGGUCACAGAAACUGUCACUGAAGAAGGCAUAUCCAAGAAACAGGUCGUCAAGAAACGCGUCAUCAAAAAGAAGGCCGGAAAGAAGGAACAGAUUACUGAGAUCGUCACUGUUCAAGAAGAUGAUCAGCUUCCACAGACAACAGUCACUGUCACCGAGUCUGAGAUUCCGUUCGAGGAGGCCAUCGAGUUCAAACCAAUUGAACCCCAAGAAGCCACUGUCCAAGAGCUUCCUGAAGAAGUCAAGGUCACAAAAACUGUCACUGAAGAAGGCAUAUCCAAGAAACAGGUCGUCAAGAAACGUGUCAUCAAAAAGAAGGCCGGAAAGAAGGAACAGGUUACUGAGAUCGUCACUGUUCAAGAAGAUGAUCAGCUUCCACAGACAACAGUCACUGUCACCGAGUCUGAGAUUCCGUUCGAGGAGGCAGUUGAGUUCAAACCAAUUGAACCCCAAGAAGCCAUUGUCCAAGAGCUUCCUGAAGAGAUCAAGGUCACUGAAACCAUCACUGAUGAAGGUAAACCGAAGAAGCAGGUCGUCAAGAAACGCGUCAUCAAAAAGAAGGCCGGAAAGAAGGAACAGGUUACUGAGAUCGUCACUGUUCAAGAAGAUGAUCAGCUUCCACAGACAACAGUCACUGUCACCGAGUCUGAGAUUCCGUUCGAGGAGGCAGUUGAGUUCAAACCAAUUGAACCUCAAGAAGGUACUGUUCAAGAGCUUCCUGAAGAGAUCAAGGUCACUGAAACCAUCACUGAAGAAGGUAAACCGAAGAAGCAGGUCGUCAAGAAACGCGUCAUCAAAAAGAAGGCCGGAAAGAAGGAACAGGUUACUGAGAUCGUCACUGUUCAAGAAGAUGAUCAGCUUCCACAGACAACAGUCACUGUCACCGAAUCUGAGAUUCCGUUCGAGGAGGCCGUCGAAUUCAAGCCCAUUGAACCCCAAGAAGCCACUGUCCAAGAGCUUCCUGAAGAGAUCAAGGUCACUGAAACCAUCACUGAUGAAGGUAAACCGAAGAAGCAGGUCGUCAAGAAACGCGUCAUCAAAAAGAAGGCCGGAAAGAAGGAACAGGUUACUGAGAUCGUCACUGUUCAAGAAGAUGAUCAGCUUCCACAGACAACAGUCACUGUCACCGAGUCUGAGAUUCCGUUCGAGGAAGCCAUCGAGUUCAAACCAAUUGAACCCCUAGAAGCCACUGUCCAAGAGCUUCCUGAAGAGGUCAAAGUCACUGAAACCGUUACCGAAGAAGGCAUAUCCAAGAAGCAGGUCGUCAAGAAACGCGUCAUCAAAAAGAAGGCCGGAAAGAAGGAACAGGUUACUGAGAUCGUCACUGUUCAAGAAGAUGAUCAGCUUCCACAAACAACAGUCACUGUCACCGAAUCUGAGAUUCCGUUCGAGGAGGCCGUCGAAUUCAAGCCAAUUGAACCUCAAGAAGCCACUGUCCAAGAGCUUCCUGAAGAAAUCAAGGUCACUGAAACCAUAACUGAAGAAGGCAAACCGAAGAAGCAGGUCGUCAAGAAACGCGUCAUCAAAAAGAAGACCGGAAAGAAGGAACAGGUUACUGAGAUCGUCACUGUUCAAGAAGAUGAUCAGCUUCCACAGACAACAGUCACUGUCACCGAGUCUGAGAUUCCGUUCGAGGAAGCCAUCGAGUUCAAACCAAUUGAACCCCUAGAAGCCACUGUCCAAGAGCUUCCUGAAGAGGUCAAAGUCACUGAAACCGUUACCGAAGAAGGCAUAUCCAAGAAGCAGGUCGUCAAGAAACGCGUCAUCAAAAAGAAGGCCGGAAAGAAGGAACAGGUUACUGAGAUCGUCACUGUUCAAGAAGAUGAUCAGCUUCCACAAACAACAGUCACUGUCACCGAAUCUGAGAUUCCGUUCGAGGAGGCCGUCGAAUUCAAGCCAAUUGAACCUCAAGAAGCCACUGUCCAAGAGCUUCCUGAAGAAAUCAAGGUCACUGAAACCAUAACUGAAGAAGGCAAACCGAAGAAGCAGGUCGUCAAGAAACGCGUCAUCAAAAAGAAGACCGGAAAGAAGGAACAGGUUACUGAGAUCGUCACUGUUCAAGAAGAUGAUCAGCUUCCACAGACAACAGUCACUGUCACCGAGUCUGAGAUUCCGUUCGAGGAGGCCAUCGAGUUCAAACCAAUUGAACCCCAAGAAGCCACUGUCAAAGAGCUUCCUGAAGAGGUAAAAGUCACUGAAACCGUUACCGAAGAAGGCAUAUCUAAGAAGCAGGUCGUCAAGAAACGCGUCAUCAAAAAGAAGGCCGGAAAGAAGGAACAGGUUACUGAGAUCGUCACUGUUCAAGAAGAUGAUCAGCUUCCACAGACAACAGUCACUGUCACCGAGUCUGAGAUUCCGUUCGAGGAAGCCAUCGAGUUCAAACCAAUUGAACCUCAAGAAGCCACCGUCCAAGAGCUUCCUGAAGAGAUCAAGGUCACUGAAACCAUAACUGAAGAAGGUAAACCGAAGAAGCAGGUCGUCAAGAAACGCGUCAUCAAAAAGAAGGCCGGAAAGAAGGAACAGGUUACUGAGAUCGUCACUGUUCAAGAAGAUGAUCAGCUUCCACAGACAACAGUCACUGUCACCGAAUCUGAGAUUCCGUUCGAGGAGGCCAUCGAGUUCAAACCAAUUGAACCCCAAGAAGCCACUGUCCAAGAGCUUCCUGAAGAGAUCAAGGUCACUGAAACCAUCACUGAAGAAGGUAAACCGAAGAAGCAGGUCGUCAAGAAACGCGUCAUCAAAAAGAAGGCCGGAAAGAAGGAACAGGUUACUGAGAUCGUCACUGUUCAAGAAGAUGAUCAGCUUCCACAGACAACAGUCACUGUCACCGAGUCUGAGAUUCCGUUCGAGGAGGCCGUCGAAUUCAAGCCAAUUGAACCUCAAGAAGCCACCGUCCAAGAGCUUCCUGAAGAGAUCAAGGUCACUGAAACCAUCACUGAAGAAGGUAAACCGAAGAAGCAGGUCGUCAAGAAACGCGUCAUCAAAAAGAAGGCCGGAAAGAAGGAACAGGUUACUGAGAUCGUCACUGUUCAAGAAGAUGAUCAGCUUCCACAGACAACAGUCACUGUCACCGAGUCUGAGAUUCCGUUCGAGGAGGCCGUCGAGUUCAAACCGAUUAAACCCCAAGAAGCCACUGUCCAAGAGCUUCCUGAAGAGAUCAAGGUCACUGAAACCAUCACUGAAGAAGGUAAACCGAAGAAGCAGGUCGUCAAGAAACGCGUCAUCAAAAAGAAGGCCGGAAAGAAGGAACAGGUUACUGAGAUCGUCACUGUUCAAGAAGAUGAUCAGCUUCCACAGACAACAGUCACUGUCACCGAGUCUGAGAUUCCGUUCGAGGAGGCCGUCGAGUUCAAACCGAUUAAACCCCAAGAAGCCACUGUCCAAGAGCUUCCUGAAGAGAUCAAGGUCACUGAAACCAUCACUGAAGAAGGUAAACCGAAGAAGCAGGUCGUCAAGAAACGCGUCAUCAAAAAGAAGACCGGAAAGAAGGAACAGGUUACUGAGAUCGUCACUGUUCAAGAAGAUGAUCAGCUUCCACAGACAACAGUCACUGUCACCGAGUCUGAGAUUCCGUUCGAGGAGGCCAUCGAGUUCAAACCGAUUAAACCUCAAGAAGCCACUGUCCAAGAGCUUCCUGAAGAGAUCAAGGUCACUGAAACCAUCACUGAAGAAGGUAAACCGAAGAAGCAGGUCGUCAAGAAACGCGUCAUCAAAAAGAAGGCCGGAAAGAAGGAACAGGUUACUGAGAUCGUCACUAUUGAAGAAGAUGAUCAGCUUCCACAGACAACAGUCACUGUCACCGAGUCUGAGAUUCCGUUCGAGGAAGCCAUCGAGUUCAAACCAAUUGAACCCCUAGAAGCCACUGUCCAAGAGCUUCCUGAAGAGGUCAAAGUCACUGAAACCGUUACCGAAGAAGGCAUAUCCAAGAAGCAGGUCGUCAAGAAACGUGUCAUCAAAAAGAAGGCCGGAAAGAAGGAACAGGUUACUGAGAUCGUCACUGUUCAAGAAGAUGAUCAGCUUCCACAGACAACAGUCACUGUCACCGAGUCUGAGAUUCCGUUCGAGGAGGCCAUCGAGUUCAAACCAAUUAAACCCCAAGAAGCCACUGUCCAAGAGCUUCCUGAAGAGAUCAAGGUCACUGAAACCAUAACUGAAGAAGGUAAACCGAAGAAGCAGGUCGUCAAGAAACGCGUCAUCAAAAAGAAGACCGGAAAGAAGGAACAGGUUACUGAGAUCGUCACUGUUCAAGAAGAUGAUCAGCUUCCACAGACAACAGUCACUGUCACCGAAUCUGAGAUUCCGUUCGAGGAGGCCGUCGAAUUCAAGCAAAUUGAACCCCAAGAAGCCACUGUCCAAGAGCUUCCUGAAGAGAUCAUGGUCACUGAAACCAUCACUGAAGAAGGUAAACCGAAGAAGCAGGUCGUCAAGAAACGCGUCAUCAAAAAGAAGGAACAGGUUACUGAGAUCGUCACUGUUCAAGAAGAUGAUCAGCUUCCACAGACAACAGUCACUGUCACCGAGUCUGAGAUUCCGUUCGAGGAGGCCAUCGAGUUCAAACCAAUUAAACCCCAAGAAGCCACCGUCCAAGAGCUUCCUGAAGAGAUCAAGGUCACUGAAACCAUAACUGAAGAAGGUAAACCGAAGAAGCAGGUCGUCAAGAAACGCGUCAUCAAAAAGAAGACCGGAAAGAAGGAACAGGUUACUGAGAUCGUCACUGUUCAAGAAGAUGAUCAGCUUCCACAGACAACAGUCACUGUCACCGAAUCUGAGAUUCCGUUCGAGGAGGCCGUCGAAUUCAAGCAAAUUGAACCCCAAGAAGCCACUGUCCAAGAGCUUCCUGAAGAGAUCAAGGUCACUGAAACCAUCACUGAAGAAGGUAAACCGAAGAAGCAGGUCGUCAAGAAACGCGUCAUCAAAAAGAAGACCGGAAAGAAGGAACAGGUUACUGAGAUCGUCACUGUUCAAGAAGAUGAUCAGCUUCCACAGACAACAGUCACUGUCACCGAAUCUGAGAUUCCGUUCGAGGAGGCCGUCGAAUUCAAGCCCAUUGAACCCCAAGAAGCCACUGUCCAAGAGCUUCCUGAAGAGAUCAAGGUCACUGAAACCAUCACUGAAGAAGGUAAACCGAAGAAGCAGGUCGUCAAGAAACGCGUCAUCAAAAAGAAGGCCGGAAAGAAGGAACAGGUUACUGAGAUCGUCACUGUUCAAGAAGAUGAUCAGCUUCCACAGACAACAGUCACUGUCACCGAGUCUGAGAUUCCGUUCGAGGAGGCCAUCGAGUUCAAACCAAUUGAACCUCAAGAAGCCACUGUCCAAGAGCUUCCUGAAGAGAUCAAGGUCACUGAAACCAUCACUGAAGAAGGUAAACCGAAGAAGCAGGUCGUCAAGAAACGCGUCAUCAAAAAGAAGGCCGGAAAGAAGGAACAGGUUACUGAGAUCGUCACUGUUCAAGAAGAUGAUCAGCUUCCACAGACAACAGUCACUGUCACCGAAUCUGAGAUUCCGUUCGAGGAGGCCAUCGAAUUCAAGCCAAUUGAACCCCAAGAAGCCACUGUCCAAGAGCUUCCUGAAGAGAUCAAGGUCACUGAAACCAUCACUGAAGAAGGUAAACCGAAAAAGCAAGUCGUCAAGAAACGUGUCAUCAAAAAGAAGGCCGGAAAGAAGGAACAGGUUACUGAGAUCGUCACUGUUCAAGAAGAUGAUCAGCUUCCACAGACAACAGUCACUGUCACCGAGUCUGAGAUUCCGUUCGAGGAGGCCAUCGAGUUCAAACCAAUUGAACCCCAAGAAGCCACUGUCCAAGAGCUUCCUGAAGAGGUCAAAGUCACUGAAACCGUUACCGAAGAAGGCAUAUCCAAGAAGCAGGUCGUCAAGAAACGUGUCAUCAAAAAGAAGGCCGGAAAGAAGGAACAGGUUACUGAGAUCGUCACUGUUCAAGAAGAUGAUCAGCUUCCACAGACAACAGUCACUGUCACCGAAUCUGAGAUUCCGUUCGAGGAGGCCAUCGAAUUCAAGCCAAUUGAACCCCAAGAAGCCACUGUCCAAGAGCUUCCUGAAGAGAUCAAGGUCACUGAAACCAUCACUGAAGAAGGUAAACCGAAGAAGCAAGUCGUCAAGAAACGUGUCAUCAAAAAGAAGGCCGGAAAGAAGGAACAGGUUACAGAGAUCGUCACUGUUCAAGAAGAUGAUCAGCUUCCACAGACAACAGUCACUGUCACCGAGUCUGAGAUUCCGUUCGAGGAGGCCAUCGAGUUCAAACCAAUUAAACCCCAAGAAGCCACCGUCCAAGAGCUUCCUGAAGAAAUCAAGGUCACUGAAACCAUAACUGAAGAAGGUAAACCGAAGAAGCAGGUCGUCAAGAAACGCGUCAUCAAAAAGAAGACCGGAAAGAAGGAACAGGUUACUGAGAUCGUCACUGUUCAAGAAGAUGAUCAGCUUCCACAGACAACAGUCACUGUCACCGAAUCUGAGAUUCCGUUCGAGGAGGCCGUCGAAUUCAAGCAAAUUGAACCCCAAGAAGCCACUGUCCAAGAGCUUCCUGAAGAGAUCAAGGUCACUGAAACCAUCACUGAAGAAGGUAAACCGAAGAAGCAGGUCGUCAAGAAACGCGUCAUCAAAAAGAAGACCGGAAAGAAGGAACAGGUUACUGAGAUCGUCACUGUUCAAGAAGAUGAUCAGCUUCCACAGACAACAGUCACUGUCACCGAGUCUGAGAUUCCGUUCGAGGAGGCCGUUGAGUACAAACCAAUUGAACCCCAAGAAGCCAUUGUCCAAGAGCUUCCUGAAGAGAUCAAGGUCACUGAAACCAUCACUGAAGAAGGUAAACCGAAGAAGCAGGUCGUCAAGAAACGCGUCAUCAAAAAGAAGGCCGGAAAGAAGGAACAGGUUACUGAGAUCGUCACUGUUCAAGAAGAUGAUCAGCUUCCACAGACAACAGUCACUGUCACCGAAUCUGAGAUUCCGUUCGAGGAGGCCGUCGAAUUCAAGCCCAUUGAACCCCAAGAAGCCACUGUCCAAGAGCUUCCUGAAGAGAUCAAGGUCACUGAAACCAUCACUGAAGAAGGUAAACCGAAGAAGCAGGUCGUCAAGAAACGCGUCAUCAAAAAGAAGGCCGGAAAGAAGGAACAGGUUACUGAGAUCGUCACUGUUCAAGAAGAUGAUCAGCUUCCACAGACAACAGUCACUGUCACCGAGUCUGAGAUUCCGUUCGAGGAGGCCAUCGAGUUCAAACCAAUUGAACCUCAAGAAGCCACUGUCCAAGAGCUUCCUGAAGAGAUCAAGGUCACUGAAACCAUCACUGAAGAAGGUAAACCGAAGAAGCAGGUCGUCAAGAAACGCGUCAUCAAAAAGAAGGCCGGAAAGAAGGAACAGGUUACUGAGAUCGUCACUGUUCAAGAAGAUGAUCAGCUUCCACAGACAACAGUCACUGUCACCGAAUCUGAGAUUCCGUUCGAGGAGGCCAUCGAAUUCAAGCCAAUUGAACCCCAAGAAGCCACUGUCCAAGAGCUUCCUGAAGAGAUCAAGGUCACUGAAACCAUCACUGAAGAAGGUAAACCGAAGAAGCAAGUCGUCAAGAAACGUGUCAUCAAAAAGAAGGCCGGAAAGAAGGAACAGGUUACUGAGAUCGUCACUGUUCAAGAAGAUGAUCAGCUUCCACAGACAACAGUCACUGUCACCGAGUCUGAGAUUCCGUUCGAGGAGGCCAUCGAGUUCAAACCAAUUGAACCCCAAGAAGCCACUGUCCAAGAGCUUCCUGAAGAGGUCAAAGUCACUGAAACCGUUACCGAAGAAGGCAUAUCCAAGAAGCAGGUCGUCAAGAAACGUGUCAUCAAAAAGAAGGCCGGAAAGAAGGAACAGGUUACUGAGAUCGUCACUGUUCAAGAAGAUGAUCAGCUUCCACAGACAACAGUCACUGUCACCGAAUCUGAGAUUCCGUUCGAGGAGGCCGUCGAAUUCAAGCCAAUUGAACCCCAAGAAGCCACUGUCCAAGAGCUUCCUGAAGAGAUCAAGGUCACUGAAACCAUCACUGAAGAAGGUAAACCGAAGAAGCAAGUCUUCAAGAAACGUGUCAUCAAAAAGAAGGCCGGAAAGAAGGAACAGGUUACAGAGAUCGUCACUGUUCAAGAAGAUGAUCAGCUUCCACAGACAACAGUCACUGUCACCGAGUCUGAGAUUCCGUUCGAGGAGGCCAUCGAAUUCAAACCAAUUGAACCCCAAGAAGCCACUGUCCAAGAGCUUCCUGAAGAGGUCAAAGUCACUGAAACCGUUACCGAAGAAGGCAUAUCCAAGAAGCAGGUCGUCAAGAAACGUGUCAUCAAAAAGAAGGCCGGAAAGAAGGAACAGGUUACUGAGAUCGUCACUGUUCAAGAAGAUGAUCAGUUUCCACAGACAACAGUCACUGUCACCGAAUCUGAGAUUCCGUUCGAGGAGGCCGUCGAAUUCAAGCCAAUUGAACCCCAAGAAGCCACUGUCCAAGAGCUUCCUGAAGAGAUCAAGGUCACUGAAACCAUCACUGAAGAAGGUAAACCGAAGAAGCAAGUCGUCAAGAAACGUGUCAUCAAAAAGAAGGCCGGAAAGAAGGAACAGGUUACAGAGAUCGUCACUGUUCAAGAAGAUGAUCAGCUUCCACAGACAACAGUCACUGUCACCGAAUCUGAGAUUCCGUUCGAGGAGGCCAUCGAAUUCAAGCCAAUUGAACCCCAAGAAGCCACUGUCCAAGAGCUUCCUGAAGAGAUCAUGGUCACUGAAACCAUCACUGAAGAAGGUAAACCGAAGAAGCAGGUCGUCAAGAAACGCGUCAUCAAAAAGAAGGCCGGAAAGAAGGAACAGGUUACUGAGAUCGUCACUGUUCAAGAAGAUGAUCAGCUUCCACAGACAACAGUCACUGUCACCGAAUCUGAGAUUCCGUUCGAGGAGGCCAUCGAGUUCAAACCGAUUAAACCCCAAGAAGCCACUGUCCAAGAGCUUCCUGAAGAGAUCAAGGUCACUGAAACCAUAACUGAAGAAGGUAAACCGAAGAAGCAGGUCGUCAAGAAACGCGUCAUCAAAAAGAAGGCCGGAAAGAAGGAACAGGUUACUGAGAUCGUCACUGUUCAAGAAGAUGAUCAGCUUCCACAGACAACAGUCACUGUCACCGAGUCUGAGAUUCCCUUUGAGAGUACAUUGCCCAUGCCAGAAAAACUUACACUCACACAAACACCUACACAGACACAAGUUACACCCGCCAACAUCUACGAUGCUGAAACACAAGAACAAGAAAGUGCAAUAUUUGUAACCACUUUCGAAACAUGUACAGAUGACACACAUACAUACAUUAAAUCCAAAAACAUGAAAAUAUCAGAAUCUAAAGGUAUGAUUGUGGAAGAAACCCUGAGCGACGAAGAAUUAUCUUCGAUUCCACAAUCACUUCCUGGAGUAAGCAUCGAAGAAAUCGGAGAACUGCCACCACAAGACUCCGUCACACCGUACAGCAUACAAACAGAAUCAGAAGAAUCAGCCAUACCAUGUCAAGAACCAGUCGAAACACAUAAAAAAAUCAAGAAGAUACAAACACACACACUCAUACAAGAACAACUCGAGGAUAUCCCAAUCGAAGAAGUUGUAUCUAUCGAAGAGCCUGAUGACAAACCGUUGAUUGCAGAACCUUCGAUAGCGACUACGAAACGCAGGGUUGUUAAAAAGAAGAGGGUUGAUACUAGGGCCGAUACUAGCGAAACUGUAACUCUUGAUGAAGAAACCGUCGAGCCAAUGGAAGUCGAAGCUGUUACCGAGAUCGCAGAGCCACAGGAAACCGAACUACUACAAGAGCAAGCUCCGGUAUCGUUCCCCGUCGUUGAGGAACUACCGGAGGAUAUUCAGGUCACGGAAAGUGUGUCCCAAACGGGGGAACUGAAGAAAACGAUCGUAAGAAAGCGUACGAUAAAGAAAAAAUUGCCAGGAAAGGAAGAACUGGUAGAGGUCGUAAGUGUACAGGAGGACGAUAAGGUACCGGAAACUGUCAUCACCAUCACGGAACAGGACGUACCGGAGGUACCCGAGGAGGGACAGGCGGAGAAGCCUAAGCUGAGACGGAAGAAGGUCAAAACGAUUAAAACUUCCGAAGAAACGGAUGAUAUCAUCGAACGGUUGUUGAAUUUGGAGGUGAAGAAAACGGAGCUGGAGCAGUACGAAAAGGUCGACGUUGAGUUGAAAAAGAAACCAAAGGCAGUAGAAGAAAUAACUGUGGAAGAGGUUUCCGAUAGGGUUGUAGGUGAUAAGGUGGUGAAAGUUACGAAAAAAGUGGUGAAGAAGAAGGUUGGUCCCAAGGUGGAAGUUACUGAAAUCGUAACAACGCAGCACGGCGAUGAAGAACCUCAAGUUACGGAAACAGUAGUAGAAGAGAGUAUGCCGUGGCCAGAGCCGCAGGAAGCUAUUAUCGUUGAAGAUAGUCCUGAGCAAGUGGAAAUUAGGGAAACGGUGUCGGAAACUGGAGAGGUGGUAAGGGAUAUUAUUAAAAAGAAAGUGUCGAAGAAGAAGACAAGAAAGCUGGAAACGGUUAUUCAACCUGACGAAGAAACGGAGGAAUUGUUGAUCAUUCCUGCCCAACCGGAACAAAUCGUUAUCGAAGAGCUACCCGAGCAAGUGGAAGUAGUUGAAACAAUUUCCACUGAGGGCAAGCCUACGAAGCAGGUCACGAAAACAAAGACUAUCAAGAAGAGAACGGGAACUAAGGUAGAAGAAGUGCAGGUGGUGACCGUUCAAGAAGAUGACAAACCAGCGGAAACUACGGUGACGCUGUCGGAAGAAAUUGUUCCCAUUGAAGCAAUGGUCGUUGAGGAAGGGCCCAUUGAAAAACCAAAACCGAAAAAGAAAAAGAUCAAAACCAUCAAGAAAGCGGGUGACGAUACGGAUGACAUUAUCGAGCGGUUGUUGAAUUUGGAGGUCAAAAAGACUGAGUUGGAAACGUACGAAAAGAUUGACGUGGAGUUCCGAAGGCCAUCGAAGCAGGCGGAAGAGUUUGUGGUUGAAUCGUUUCCGGGAGAACAGGCGGUUGUUGAAGAGCUGCCAGUUGAACAUACUGUUAAGGAGACUAUAAUCAUGGAGAAACCUAAGAAGGUGGUAACCAAGAAGCAAAUUAUUAAAAAGAAAGUGGGUGACAAGGUAGAAACGACUGAAGUGGUAACUGUGCUUGAAGAUGAUAUGCCAGCGAGGAUUACGGAAAGCGUUACGGAGGAAACUGAGCCACUUGUCGAUGAGCCUAUUCCGCAAGACAUCGUGCCUAUUGAGGAAAUGCCGGAACAAUUGACGGAACAGAAGAAGAUUACAAAGAUUAAAAAGAAGAAACCGAUGACGUUGGUUUCGGAAUCAGGUGAGGCAAUUCCACAAGAGGAAGUUACAGCCGUAGAACCGCAACCGUACGAAGAAGCUAAGGUCACUGUUGAGGAAAUGCCGGAAAGGGUAGAAGUUACGGAAACAGUUACCGAAGAUGGAAAACCAAAGAAGCGAACGAAGAAAACAAAGGUAAUUAAAAAACAAACCGGAGAUAUUGUGGAGGAGAUUCAUGUUGUUACCGUGCAGGAAGAUGAGAAACCUGCGGAGACCACCAUCACCGUCACGGAAGAGGUUAUUGAGCCAACGGUAACUGAAGAAGUUCCCCAGGAAAAGCCGAAACUGAAAAAGAAAAAGAUCAAAACAAUCAAGAAGACGGGUGAUGAUACGGAUGAUAUUAUCGAAAGGUUGUUGAACUUGGAGGUCAAAAAGACUGAGUUGGAAGCGUACGAAAAAAUUGAUGUGGAGUUCCGAAGGCCAUCAAAGCAGGCGGAAGAAUUUGUUGUUGAACAGUUGCCCGGGCAGCAAGCGGAGGUUGAAGAGUUGCCAGUUGAACACAUUGUUAAGGAGACUAUCAUCACGGAGAAACCGAAGAAGGUGGUAACCAAGAAACAAGUUAUCAAAAAGAAAGUGGGUGAUAAGGUAGAGGCGACAGAAGUGGUAACUGUUCUUGAAGAUGAUGUGCCAUCGAAAACAACGGUAACCAUUACGGAGGAAACUGAACCACUUGUCGACGAGCCUGUUCCGCAAGACAUUGUGGUUAUCGAGGAAAUGCCGGAACAACCGACAGAACAGAGGAAAAUUACAAAGAUCAAAAAGAAGAAACCGACCGCGUUUGUCACGGAAUCAACUGAAACAAUUUCACAGGAAGAGAUUACAACCAUAGAACCUCAACCGUGUGAAGAAGUUAGGGUCACUGUCGAGGAAAUGCCGGAAAGGGUGGAAGUAUCGGAAACUGUUACCGAAGAUGGAAAGCCUAAGAAGCGAACAAAGAAAACAAAGGUGAUCAAAAAACAAACCGGAGACACUGUGGAAGAGAUUCAUGUUGUUACCGUGCAGGAAGAUGAGAAACCUGCGGAAACUACCAUCACCGUUAUGGAAGAGGUUAUUGAGCCGGAGGUAGCAGAAGAGGUUCCCCAGGAGAAGCCAAAACUGAAAAAGAAAAAGGUUAAAAGCGUUAAGAAAACAACUGAGGAUUCUGAUGACAUUAUAGAGCGUUUGUUGAAUCUGGAAGUGAAGAAAACAGAGCUGGAGCAGUACGAGAAGAUCGAUGUUGAUUUUAAGCCACGAACUAGGAAGAUAGAGGAAUCAUCGGUCGAAGAAUUUCCCGAGACAGUAGUCUUGCAACAAACGCCCGAAGGAAUCGAAACCAAACAGAUCACCAAGAGGAAAGUUAUUAAGAAAAAGGUUGGAAAGAAAGAAGAAACAACCGAGGUAGUAACAGUUCAAACCGGCGAUUCGGAGCCAACCACUACAGUGACCGUCACUGAACAGGAGAUUCUUUAUGAACAGCCAGAAGAAAUUAUUAUUGAAGCUGCUCCACAGGAAACAGCCGUCAUCGAAGAACUACCCGAAGAAGUUAAGAUUACAGAGAUUAUUUCGGAUCUGGGAAAGCCCUCGAAGCAAGUUACCAAAAAGCGUACGAUCAAGAAGAAGGUUGGACAAAAAGAAGAAACCGUUGAGGUAGUAACAGUCCAGGAGGAUAACAAGGAACCAGAAACGACCAUUACCAUUACGGAGACAGAGCCGGAGCAACCGACUGUCAGCCCAGUAUCAGCGGAAGAGCAGACGGACUUACCAAAGUCAGUACCUGCACCGAAACCAAAGAAAAAGAAGGUCAAAACCAUUAAGACAUCAGACACGGCUGACGAUAUCAUUGAGAGGCUACUGAACCUCGAAGUUAAGAAAACCGAGCUGGAAAUAUACGAGCGUGUUGAAUUGGAGCCCAGGAUAAAGUAUAGAGAAGUACAGGAGAUUGUAUUCUCACAACCAGAGCCGGCUUUCGCUGAGGUUACUGAACUGGAAAAUGUGCCGUCUCAGGCUAAGAUGAUUAAGAAAGUCAAGAAGCAACCUAUCAAACAACAGUCAGAAGUAGAUAAACCAAUCACUCAAGAGUUGGAAACUAAAGAAGUUGCUGUACCUGAAGAAACAGAUUUGACCCCUGAAGAACCAUUGAUUCCUACGGUUGUGGAGGAAAUAACCGAACAAGAAACGCUCCCGGAUGGCACGCGACAAGUGAUCGUAAAGAAGAAAAUAAUUAAAAAGAAGAUCUCCAAGGAGACGAAACCGCAGGAGGAUCUACAGCAGGAUGAAGCGGUCACGGAGAAACCCGAACAGGUUGAUUUGAAACCACUGGAAUCUGAACAACAAGCUGAAAUCAAGCCAUCUGAACAGUUACCUGAAGAGGUCGCCACUGAGUUUGUUUAUAUCGAGCCUGGUAAGCAAGAAGCAAUUAUCGAAGAGAUUUCGGAGGAAUUUUUAACCUAUGAAGAGAAGUCGUUGAAAACAUUGGAAAAGGAGAAACAACAGCAACUGCAGCUGGAAGAAAUUGUUGAUCAAAAGAAAGUUCCAAAGAAAAUCAAAAAGAAGGUUAGGAAACCGGAAGACAAAUCGGCUGAUGAAGAACUCGAGCGCCUAUUGAAUUUGGAAGUCGAGAAGACACAACUGGAAGAGUACGAGAAAGUUGAGCUUGAGGCGAAACCUAAACCGGAGAAACCAAAACCAAAGCUGGAACCGAUCAAAAUCGAACGAAGAGAACAGAAAGCAACGAAACUGCAGAUUACUCAACCGGAAGAGCUGCCACAAUCAGUGAAACUGAGAAAGACAAAGGUCCCCGUGAAAAAAGAAAUUGAGGAAGUAUCCGUUCCUAAGGUGUUACUGAAAAGCCGCAUCACCACCGUGGAAUAUCCCCCGGAGGUACUGUAUCUGCAAAUCUCCUAUCUAGACGCAAAACGAGCAGUGGGUGAACUCACGCGAACCGAAGAGGAUGAAGAAGUGGUCAAACUAAAGAAGAUAAAGAAAAUCAAAACUAUCAAGCGAGACAAGCUUGAACUAGAGAAGGUGGACCUACCGGAGUAUGAGGAGGAACAACCGAAAGAAGAGGAGACACCGGACGAGAAGGCCGGAUACCAGAGGAAACCAAAAGAAAUCCCAACAGAAGAACAGGACGAGAGAACGCUGAAACUCGGAAAAGGUAAAGUUAAGAAAGACGAACCGACUGAGGAGACCGUAACUCUCAAGAAAACCCCGCGGAAACCUAAGGAGGAAGUACCGGAAGAAGUGGAACAAAGUAAGAAGGCAAAACAACAACCGGAACCUGUCAAGGAUGACAAAAAGCACAAGCACGUCGGAAAGCCAUCAUUCGAACCGACAGAUAUCCCAGACGUCGAGGUGGAAAUUGAAGAGUACCGAAAACCCUCGCCAGUCCCUGAUGAGCCCGAGGAAAAGAUUCCGCAAAAGAAGAAGCGUCCAAAGACACCAAAGCAACCUGAGGAACUGGAUAACGUAGAGAGACCUCUGGUGAUGGGUAAAGGAAAGGCACCUGAAGAUGUGCCCGAAGAUGAUGUAAAGUUCAGAAUACCGACAUCGAAGAAACCGGAGGAGGAACAAGAAGGCAUCAAGUUGAAACCUAUCAGCAAACCAACGAAGGAUGAUUCAACCGAAGAAAAGCAAGUUGAUCGUGAUCUUGCCCUUCCGAUUUCUGUUGAAAAGCCAGACGAACCGGAAGAUGAGAUCAGUUUACCAGAAGCGGCGAAAAAGAGAGUAAUCAAGAAGAAAGUUCCCAAAGAAAAGAAAAAGGAAGAUCUGCCGACAGAACCAACGAUCGAGGAUGCUGAAGAGAAGGUGCCUGAAAUGGUGGAACCUUCGGACGAAACCUCGAAAAUUACAAUGCCCUCGAAGGAACUUGAAAGAUUAUGGGAUAAACCGAUUGAGUUACCAGCCACCGAGAUGGACACACAGUUGAUUGUUGAAGAUCAACCAGCCGUAGUAGUAGAAAAAGAAGUCCUAACUGAAGAAGGCGAUCGCCAGAAACAGAUAAUCAUCAAAAAGGUCAUCAAGAAAAAACGACGCGACAAGGAGGAGGUUAUUGAAGUUAUUACCGUUCAAACUGGUGACGAGCUUCCCGAAACGACGGUUACAGUUAGCGAAGUAGUCCCCGAAGAAUCGACCCUCGCUGAAGACCAACCCAAAGAGCCCAAGCUCCGAAAGAAGAAGGUAAAGGUCCCAAGCAAAAAGGCCGACCUAGAUGACAUCAUCGAACGGUUGCUCAACGAAGAGAUCACCAAAACCGAGCUGGAGAAGUAUGAAAAGUUUGAGUUUGAAAAACCCGUCAAACUCGAGCAACCGACAGAGGCUCCAACGGUCGAACACGUUCCAAAGAAAGCGAUCAAGAAGCCAAAACAAAAAGAAACCCAAUUGCAUGAAACCAUAUCAUUACUAGAGACACCAACAGAUACAUCAGAAACCCUUGAACUCACGCCCAUCGAGGCACAAACACCAGACACUAUACACACAUCCAUCACUGAUGAAACGUUCAGAAUCAGUGCAGAUACGGUCGACAUCAAGGAAGAUGUCUACGAAACAAGGGAACUCAUCACAGAACUGCCUGCUAGGGAGGAGAUUACGCCGAUGGAUACUCAGCAGUCCGCUGCUGAACGUCCCGUGGUCCUACGAAAACCACUGUUGGAAGCUGCUCCCAAGGAAGAAGCGAUCGAUCAACCAGUGGAGGAGGUUUCUGAGGUGACCGUAGUUUCUGCUAGUGAGGUCCAAAUUUCCGUAGCCGAUAUUCCUCAAAAAGCAACGAAGAAACCGUUUGUCAGUAAGCCAACUUUGGCAGCUGCUCCCAAGGAGGAACUUAUCGAAGGACUGACGGAAGAAAUUGAUAAUGUUCUAGCCCUUUCGCUGGACAAGGUACAACUAGCAGCCAUUGAAGUUUCCUCUGAAGCUACUGAGAAACCGACGAUUCGUGGCAAACCUACACUGGAGGCCGCAGCUAGACAAGAACUGUUAGUGCAGCCAACCGAAGAGACCGAUACGGUUUCUUCUUUAUCGAUGGAAGAAGCAUUACCGACGGCGGUCGACGUGGCACAUCAAGCUACGGAAACUUCGCGCGUUCAAGCCCGACCACUGCUGGAAGCUGCUCCGAUCGAGGAACAGCUUGACAUUUCGGCCGAAGAAGCCGACACCGUAACUUCUCUAUCGCUUGAUGAAGAGUAUAUUGCUCCGGUUGAGAUAGCAGAUCAGGUAAUCGAAAAACCGACGAUUUCACAGAAACCUCUCGUUACUGCGGCGCCAGCCGAAGGUUUGAUUGAUCAAAAGGCUGAAGAAACCGAAGAUUCACCGUCGAUGGUACUCGAUAAGGUGCAGGUAACUCCUGUAGACAUUCUGGAACAGGCUACGGAGAAGUCACGGGUAACGAAGAAGCCAAUACUAGCGGCUGCACCAGUCGAAAGCUUGAUUGAUCAGAAGACAGAAGAAACUGAAGAAUCAGCAUCAGUGGCACUCGAUAAAGUACAGGUAGCUCCAGUAGAUGUUGCUGAACAGGCAACGAAGAAGCCACGUGUAACUAAGAAACCUGUGCUGGCGGCUGCGCCAGUUGAAAGCUUGAUUGAUCAAAAAGCUGAACAAACCGAAGAAUCUCAGUCGUUGGCGCUCGAUAAAGUGCAGGUAACUCCAAUAGACAUUCUAGAACAAGCAACGGAGAAGCCGCAAGUAACGAAGAAGCCAAUACUAGCGGCUGCGCCCGUUGAAGGCUUAAUUGAUCAAAAGACCGAAGAAAUCGAGGAAUCGCCAGCAAUGGCAUUGGACAAAGUACAAGUAGCUCCAGUAGACAUUCUAGAACAAGCAACAGAGAAGCCACGGGUAACUAAGAAACCAGUGCUGACGGCUGCGCCAGUUGAAAGCAUGAUUGAUCAAAAGACCGAAGAAACCGAAGAAUCGCCUACAAUGCCACACGACAAAGUACAGGUAGCUCCAGUAGAUAUCCCCGAACAGGCAACGGAGAAACCACGCGUCACUCAGAAACCAAUUCUAGCGGCUGCACCAGCCGAAAGCCAAAUCGAACAGAAAACGGAAGAAACAGAAACUGUACCCGCCUUCACCCGCGAUGAAAUCCAAGUGGCGCCAGUUGAAGAAUCCCUAACAGCCGCAGCGGAUCAAGCGAAGAUUGUUCCCGAAGUUGAGGUAAAGACUGCCCCAGAUACUCCCGUAAAGACAAAAAAGGUAACUAAGGUAAAGAAGGUCAAGAAAUCAUUUGAAGAGGACGCGGAGCUACAGCGACUGCUGAACCUGGAGAUCGAGAAAACGGAGCUGGAAACGUACGAAAAGAUCGAACUGGACGCCAAGCAGAAAGUGAAACCAGAAAAGGGUGAGCCAGUCAAACUAGUACCUAUCAAGAUAGAACGAAAAGAACAGAAACCCAUCAAACUAGAAAUCACAGACACACCAGAACCACAAACAGUUAAACUGCGAAAAACCGUAAUACCAGAGAAGAAAGAGAUCGAAGAGGUCACUGUGCCGAAGGUAUUGUUGAAGAGUAGGAUUGUACAUGUUGAGUAUCCGGCGGAUGCGCAACAUCCGCAGAUCGUCGACCUGGAAACCAAGCGUGGCGUUGGCGAGCUCUCAAGGACCGAAGAGGAGGACGAAGAGCGUAAGGUUAAAAAGAUUAAGAAGGUUAAGGUUAUUAAGAAAGAAAAACCAGAGCUCGAAACUCUCGAUAUCGAGAAGUUCGAGAAGGAGUCGAAGCCGGUAGAAGAGACGGAGGAAGAAAAGCCCAAAUAUCAACGACAAGUGAAAGAAAAACCGGUAGAAGAAGUAGAUGACAGAAAGAUUGUGUUAGGUAAAGGUAAGCUUAAGGGAGAUGAAGAUGAAAUAGAAGAGGUUAAAUUGAAGAAGACUCCUGUAAAACCAAAGGAAGAGGAACAGGUGGAGGAAAAGCCAAAGAAAAAGAAGGACGAGAAGCCGGUCGAGGUUGAAGAAGUGAAGAAACAGAGGCACGUGGAGAAACCUACAUUUACUCCGACAGAGAUUCCGGACGUUGAAACAGAGCUGGAGCCGUACGAGAAACCAGCACCGGAACCAAAGGAGAAACCUGUCGAGGAACCGGAAAAACCCAAGAUACCGAAGAAACCGAAAGUUCCAGAAAUACCCGAAGAACCGGAACACAAAAUCAUUCUCGGAAAAGGUAAAAAACCGGAGCCAGAACCAGAGCCUGAGGUGAAAUUCCGUAUUCCAGUUGGUAAAAAACCAGAGGAAGAACCAGAAGAGAUAAAGCUCAAACCAUUCAAGAAACCGUCUCCCGAGAAAGAACCAACGGAACGUGAUGCUGAUCGUGAUAUGGCUCUUCCGAAACCGAAGGACUAUCCAGAUGAACCGGAAGUAGAUAUCACAAUCAAGAAAAAGAAAAAGAAGGUUCCAAAGGAACCUGAAAUUCCAGCACCAGUCGAAGAAAUUGUUCCAGAGGUACCCAAGCUAGAAGAACCGAUCAAACCGGUCGAGCUUCCCAAAGAAAAACCCAAAGUGGAAGAACCUCUGCCGAUACAGGAGAUUAAAAAACCAGUCGAACUUCCGCUGGAAACACCAACCGAACUGGUCGUAUCGAAACCGAUCGAAGAAAUCACUGUGGCAAUACCCGAUCAGAUCGUCGUUCCCGAGAAGCCUAAGGAAACGGAGGUGGAGAAGCUACAAGUAGCCGCCGUUACCCAACCCGAGGUACAGGAGCUCAAGGAGGAUAAGAAGAAGAUCAAAAAGAUUAAAAAACCGAAGGCUAAACCGGAGGAAGACGAUGAGCUGCAGCGUUUGUUGAAUUUGGAAGUUGAAAAGACAUCACUGGAAAAGUACGAGAAAAUCGAUCUGGAACCGAAAGAACGGGUUAAGGCGAUUCCAGAAGUGAAACCAGUGGAGGUUCCACAACCAGAGGAAGCAAAGGUUGAAAUCGUACCGAAACCGGAACCGGUUGUGAAAAAGGCAGAAAUCGUUGAACAAGAACCCAUACCAGAGCAAGUGGCACCGGAAAAGAUUGAAGAAAAGCCAGUAUUAGAAAAACUGACACCGGGCGAGGUGCCGGAUGAUUUGGUUAGUAUCCUUGAAGAGAAACCGGUUGAGGUAAAACAGGACGUCCCUGUAGAAGAGGAAAAGCCUGUACCGGUUGAACCGGAACCUGAACAGCCACAGAAGAAGCCCGAAGAAAAAAAGAUCAAAAAGACGGUUAUCAAGAAACCUAAGAAAGCGUCGAUCGAAGAAGACGAGCAACUACAGAAGCUUCUCAAUUUGGAAAUUGAGAAAACGGAACUUGAGAAAUAUGAAAAGAUUGACCUGGAUAUUGCCAAGAAACCGAAAAAGGUUGAAGAAGUGCCAGUAGAAACUAAACCGGAAAAGCCAGUGGUGGAAGAAGUACCCGAGGAAGUGGUUCUGAAGCCGAAACCAAAGGCAAAGGUGGUCAAGCCAGUGGAGGAAGAAGUCGAGGUAGAUUUCAAGAUUCAGAAGAAACCCCGUCUGCCGGCAGAACCGCAAGAGGUUGAGGAAAAAAUAACGCUGAAACCAGCUCCCCAGAAAGCGGAAGAAACUGUCGGAGUCGAACGAAUCAUUAAGAUCGAAAUCGAACGGACGGAACCGGUCACCAUUGAAGACGUCGUUGAUGAGGAUAUUGCAAUCCAGCGAGAAGAUAUCCCAACGAUCGAACCUUUGGUCGAAGAGCCGGCGGAUGAAGUCAUCGUCCCGGAAGAGGUCGUUCCAAUUCAACCCAUUCAGGAGGAGAUUUCCGAAGCUCAACCGCUCGUUGAAGAUGCCGUCCUUGAGCUGCCAUCGGAGGAAAUAGUGACAGUCGUUGAGUCCGUCCCGAUUCAGCCAAUUGUCGAGGAACCGGCACCAAUUGAACCGUUCCGCAGAAGAUCGCUGAAACCUGUACCACAGCCAGCUCCGGUUGAGGAGGAAAAGCCCAAAGAAAAACCGAAAAAGAAGACUGUCGUUGUGAAGAAGAAAAAGGCUAGUCUAGACGAUGACGCCGAGCUGCAGCGGUUAUUGAACCUGGAAAUUGAGAAGACUGAACUGGAACAGUACGAAAAGGUUGACGUUGAUUUUAGGAAACGGGAGAAGGUUAAGGUCGUUGAGCAACCGAAACCACAGCAGGCGGUCGAAUCAACCGUCGAAGCGGAAGAGGUCGUACAGAUCAAACCAAGGAAGCCGAGCAUCAAACCGAAGGUUGAGACGAUUGAGGAAACGGAAGUUGCUUUCAAGUUGAAACCGAAGAAGAAACCGGAGGUUGAAGAGGUUGUACAGGAUGCUACGAUCACCCUGAGGAAGGAAAAACCGAAGGUAGUGGAGGAGACGGCUGUGGAAGAGAUUGUCUUGUUGAGGCCUGUCGCUCCGAAGCCGGAGGAGGUUGAGGACGUCGAAGAGGUGAUUAAAUUGAAGGCUAAACCGCAAGAGUACGUGACUGAUGAGGCGGAGGCAUCGCUGGAAAUUGUUCGGGAGGUUCCCCAGGAGGAAGAGCAACCGGAACCGGUUAAAAAGGUUGAAAAACCGAAGAAAAAGGUGGUUAAGAAAAAGAAGGAUGAUGAGAUGGAUGAAAUCACCAAGAAACUGCUGGAAAUGGACGUGCCAAAGACUGAGCUGGAAAAAUACGAAAAGAUUGAUAUUGAUGUUCCGAAAAAGCCGAAGGAAACGGUUGAGGAAGUUGUGGUAGCUAAACGUAGGCCUAAAGCAGUGGUACAACCGGAAGAGGAGGAGGAAGAGGUUACCCAUAGCUUGAAGAUGCGUAAGAAGCCUGAGGUUGUGACGGAACCGGAAGAGGCUGAAGCAACCUUUAAGAUGCCGAGGAAACCAUCCGUUCCCGAAAAACCAGACGAUGUGGAAGCAUCGCUUACGAUCACCAGGGAACAGGAAGUCGAAGAACCGAAAGAAGAAAUCACAGAACAUGUGGUUAUUCGAAAGCAACGGCCACGUCCAAAGCCGGCCUUCCGCAGGGAAGUUCUAGACGAAGAGGAGGUUCGCAUCAAGAAAAUUAAAAAGGUUCGACAACCGCGGCCAGUUUUCAAGGACGUUGAACAGACAACGGUCACCUUCCAACCGAGACGUACCAAGCACAUUGAGGAUAUUGAGCAGGAGUUCAAGAUACAGCUGGAUUCCUACGCGAGAGAAGAGAUUUCGAUGACGGGAAGAGUGAAACUACCUGCUCCGUACAGUUACGGUGAGGAAACGGGUGAGGCUCACAUUACCAUCAUAAAGGAGGUAAACGAGGAUGACGAGGUAGUGUACGAGGUUAUCUACGAUGACAGCGAGGUUAGCGUUCAGGAGGAUUACGAUAUGGAUGACGAAGAUACGGAAAAUGUGGUCCUUGAGCUUCGCAAACGCCGGGAAAAGCUUGAAGGUCUCACCGUGCAUCACGAGGAGGAGAUUUCGCUUGACCUGUCGCGGCGCAAACCACAGGUCACCACACACGAAGAAGAAUCAUUCACACUGAAACAACAGAAGAAGUCUUUGGCAACAUACUCUGAAGAAACUGCUUCGCUGAAGAUUGUUCGCGAAGAAGAUGCCAGUGAGAUGUACUGCAUUCAAUCGGUCGAAGCGGAGAACGAAGAAGCCCUACACUUGGUGGAAGGUGAAAAGCUCUACGUUAUCGAUCGUACCAACGCCGAGUGGUGGUUCGUCAAGCGCUCCUGGUGCGAGGAACGUGGUUUCGUCCGUCGUGAUCUCCUCAUGGAUGCCGUUACCUAUCCGCAGUACGUCCAGAAGACCCUCAACGAGAAGAUCGACAAACUUCCGAUCUUUGAAAAACCCGGACCGAACGAGAAACCCCAGGCACCGAAGAUCGUCGAAAAGCUACAGCCCAUCACAACCCAAGACAACUACACUGUCCAAUUCGAGUGCAAGGUCGAAGGUUACCCACGGCCACAGAUCACCUGGUUCCGCCAGACUGCCGUCAUCAAACCAUCUCAAGAUUUCCAGAUUUUCUACGAUGAUGACAACGUAGCAACACUGAUCAUUCGCGAAGUGUUCCCCGAAGAUUCAGGAACGUUCACGUGCGUCGCCAAAAAUAUCGCCGGUUUUGCAGCUAGCUCUACCGAACUGACCGUCGACUCGUUCACAUCCGAUCUGGGAUCUGAACUGGCUACCCUUUCUCGCAAGAGUAUGUCCCGCGAAUCAUCUCUAGCGGAUAUCCUGGAGGGCAUUCCACCUACCUUCUCGCGUAAACCUAAAGCUCAGUACGUCGACGCCGGAUCGAAUGUGCUGCUCGAAUGCCGCCUAGUCGCUAUACCCGAACCGGACAUUCAGUGGUUCUACAACGGAAUCGAACUCACCAACAAGGACAACAUCCAGGUAGCGGUCGAAUCCGACAUGCACAUGUACUGUACAGUCGUUCAGAUUCAAAACAUCGAGAAGCAGCAGGAAGGUUCCUACCAAGUCGUCGCUCGUAACCGAGAAGGCGAAUCGUCGCUAGACAUUACCGUUAAGGUCAAAACUGGUGUCCCUGAAGCGCCCCAGAUUCUGGAACCACUCAAGAGCAUGAGCAUUCGUCAGGGCGAAACCGUAAUGCUGUCGACGCAAAUCGUCGGAAACCCUACACCCGAAGUUCAGUGGUUCAAGAACGGAGAAAUUCUGAAAGCCCCGACGCAAGCCGACAAAAACAUGUACACAAUAACCCUACUAUCCCCAACACACGAGAACGCCGGCGAGUACACGGUAAAAGCCAAAAACCCGGCCGGUUAUGUCGAAACAACCGCUUUCCUAACCGUCGACGAGUCCAACGUUGGAAACCCGCAGGCUCCCCUGUUCCUCGAACGAUUCGAAGAGCAGAGCGUCCUGCAAGGCAGUACCAUCAAACUACCGGCAAAGGUCUCAGGUAAUCCCGUUCCGGAGAUUCUCUGGCUACGCAACAACAACACACUGCUACCGUCGAAGAAGGUCAAACAAGCAUACGAUGGUCAGAACAUCGAGCUAGCCAUUUUGAACGCCGAUUCGGAGCAGGAUUCAGGAAACUACAAAUGUAUCGCCUCGAACACGGUAGGUAAGGCUUCGCACGGAGCUCGCGUAACCGUUGAAGUCGAUAAGGUUACCUUUGUGAAGAAACUGAAAAAGAGCAUAACCGUGGAGGAAUGCCGAUCGGUUACGAUGGAAUGCGAAACGUCUCACACGGUAUCGACGAAAUGGUUCCACAACGGAAAGGAAAUGAGCGGAAUGGAUCAUCGCGUGAUCGUUCAGGAAGGUAAGGUCCACAAAGUGGUCAUCAAGAAUCCAACCAUCAAGGAUACCGGAGUGUACAAGUGCACCGUCAAGGAUCAAGCUACGGAGGGUAAUUUGACUGUACUGGAAGCGAAACCUGAAUUCUUGCGUAAGCUGGAAGAUGUUGAAACUAAGGAAAAGCAGGAUGCGAUCCUGGAGGUGGAAAUCUCAUCGGAAACAGCUGAGGUCACCUGGUACAAGGAAGGUAAAAAGAUUGACCAAAAAAAUAGAAAAUACGAAUUUGGCAAAAAGGGUAAAUCCCGGACGUUGUUGGUGCGUAGUACCUCCGUUCACGACGAAGGUGAGUAUACCUGUACCCUAGCGGAUCAAGAGUGCUCGGCUGAAGUGAUAGUUAUCGAGCUUCCACCGGAAAUCAUAACUCCCCUGUCGGAUGUAACGGUUGCACGAGGCGAAAACGCGAUUUUCGAAAUCGAACUAACCAAAGGCGACGCUCUGGUACGGUGGUAUAGAAACGAUACGGAGCUGUCGUUUAACGGACACUACCAGCUGACAAUCGACGGAAAGCGUCAAACGCUAAAGAUCACCAAAACCGUGGACGAAGAUGCCGGAGUCUACAAAUGCGUAGUUGGUGAUCAACUGUCCACAGCUCGACUGAAAGUGGAAAAGCCGCUGGUCGAUUUCGUCAAGCGUUUACCCGAUGUUACCAUCACUACCAAGGAUAUUGAAGCGGUGUUUGUCGUAGAACUGUCAGAAUCUGCUGAGGUGACUUGGUACAAAAACAACAAGCAGAUCAAGGCCAGUAGUAAGUACGAACUAGUCAGCGAAGGAAAGUUGCGUAAGCUGAUCGUGAAGAACUGUACCGAAGACGAUGAAGCUGAGUACACGUGUACGAUCGCCAACGUGAAGACUUCGUCGACUCUGAAGGUUGAGAUUAUCAAAGUUGCUCCCACGAUCUUCGACGAUGGUUCCCGCGUGUUCACGAUCCGCAAGGAAGCUGACGUUACGUUCAAUGUGAAGUUCAACGCUACGCCGAAACCUGAGAUCGAUUGGUACGUGAACGGAAAGCUUAUCAUUCCAUCGGCACGCUUCGUGCCUAAGGUUGGUGAAGAAACGGCUAGUCUAACGAUCAAGAAGGUUGUCGAAUCGGACGCGGAUGAUUACACCGUUAAGUUGGUGAACGAGUGCGGAGAUGCUAGCGCGUCGUUUACGCUGAUUGUCAAGAAACAACCCGGAGCUCCGGAGGCACCGGAAGCUACACGAAUCACCGACGAUUCGAUCACUCUAUUCUGGAAGUCACCUGAAGACAAUGGAAACAGUACAAUCAUCGAAUACAUUCUCGAGUAUCAGGAGAAGAACAAGAAGAAGUGGACCGAGAUUACCAACAUUACCGAGACUACCACCACGGUCACGAAGCUGACGAAGAACUCCGAGUAUACAUUCCGCGUAACAGCGGUGAACGAAAUUGGCAAAGGACCGGCGUCUCCAAACUCGCCUUACUACAAGAUCGCUGCUCCGAUCCAAAAGGAAGCACCGGUAAUCAGCGAACAUCUGAAGGAUGUUCACGUCGGACUGAAUCAGACGAUAACUCUGACGUGCGUUGUCAACGGUGUUCCAACGCCCGAUAUUACCUGGUACUGUAAUGGAAAAGUACUGAAGGAGAAAACAAUUACGUACGAAAACGGAGCUGCAAAGUAUGUUGUUAGUAAAACUACAACCGAAACAGGCGGUACCUACGUCUGUAAAGCCGUUAAUGAGAUCGGUAGUGUUGAAAGCAGCUGUAGAGUCGUGAUCGAGCAGAAACCAACAAUGACGGUGGAGAAGAAGCAAAUUGUUCAGAAGCUUCGUGUCGGAGACGAAUGGCGUGUAGUCGCCAACUUUGAUGGGUAUCCCGUUCCUCAACUGAUCUGGUACCGUGAAGAUGAAAUUAUUGAGUCUACGGCGGAACAUAGGAUCGUAACAACCGCCGAAAGCUCAACGAUCGUUAUUGGUUCAUUGGAUCGAUCGGACAGCGGAAAAUAUCUGGUGGAAGCAAUCAACACCGCUGGUUCAACCAGCGUGGAGUUACAGUUGAAGGUUAUCGACAAACCAAGCAAACCGGAAGGUCCGAUCAUCGUGAAAGAACUCAGUCCGGAAGCAGUCUUGAUCGAGUGGAAACCUCCCGCUGAUGACGGUGGUUUGGAAAUUUCACAAUACUCCAUCGAGAAAUGUGACGACACUAACAAGAACGCCUGGAUCAAGGUUGCUGAUGUGCAGAAGAACAUUAGCUCGUACUGUAUUCAGAAACUGCUGGACUCAACGCAGUACCAUUUCCGUGUGAUCGCCCAGAACCCAGUCGGUUGUUCGGAUCCACUGGAAAGUGCUACGAUCACUGUCAAACAGGUCCAAACAGCCCCGUCUCCACCACGAGGACCAAUCGAAACCUCGGGAAUGACCAGCAAAUCGUUCAUGCUGAUGUGGCAACCUUCCGAACAUAACGGAGGCAGCAAGAUCACAGAGUACGUGGUCGAAAUCAAAGAAACCAAAAAGAAGGUAUGGAAGGUUAUCGGAAGUACUAGUGCCAACGAAACUACGCUGCUGGUUGAUAACCUGGCAGCGAAUCGUGCGUAUGACUUCAGGAUCGUUGCAAAGAAUAAAAUCGGUUCAAGCGAACCCCUGCAAACGGAGGAGUCGAUCGUCGCCGGAAAGGAAAUCACACCCCCUUCGGCGCCACGCAACUUGCGUAUCGUGAACGUGACCAGCAAGAGCGUCAAGCUCGAGUGGCUACAGCCGGAAACGAACGGCGGUUCCGAGGUGACCGGUUACGUGAUCGAAAAACGGCUCACCACUGCCCAGCAGUGGACCAAGAUCAAAACCCUGGACGCCAGCAGUCUCACCUUCUGUGUCGACAACCUCAAAGAAAAGUCUGAACUAGAAUUCCGUGUGUCGGCCGAGAAUGCGAUCGGUUUGAGUUCACCCGCGAACUCUGAGAGUGUUACACUGAAAUCACAUGCCACUGUACCCUCACCACCGACCGGACCCCUGGAGAUACGCUACCUGGGCCCGAACAUCAACAUCGCAGAAUGGGGUAUUCCCGAAUCCGAUGGAGGUGCGCCAUUGGAAGGAUACAAUAUCGCCAUUCGUAAUGUGAAGAAAACCAUGUGGAUGGAAGUAGGCCGUGUCGCAGCCGAUUGUCAAUCGUUCAACAUCAAAGACCUAGCCGAGGAUGAGGAGUAUCUGAUUAGGAUUAUGGCUCGCAACGAAGUAGGCUGUAGUGACCCGCUGGAAUCUGAUGAACCUUACAAGGUUCAGCUGGGUGAAGCUCCGGAAGAUAUCCACGACGAAACGACGCGUGAUUUCUCCGAGCCUACCGGCACCAACACCUCGUCCUGGUUGAGGGAGCACAACAUGACCGCAGACAUUUCCAGCUACGCCCGGCAUAAGCUUCUGAGGAGACGAGAAUACUUCUUCAAGCUGUGGAUCAACGCGAAGAAUCUGUUCAAGUGAACACACUCACACACCCAAAAAAAUUCCUUAUCAUAACUAGCUCAACGAUAUUUUACUACGUAAAUUGAGAGAUGUACAUUCAAGGACGGAUAAACUCUCGUCAUACCAGAAAAAACUACUUUAAGCCAAUAAGACGAAACUAUUUAGUCAGAUAUUUGUCUGCAGAUAUAUAAUAAUAUAAAACGGUGUCGAUUUUUUCGAGUGCUUGGUUUGAAACUGUAUGUAAAUGUUACCCUAGCCAAAGAUACCAACUAAAUCGCACAAAUACGGAAAAAUUCUUAAAACACACGACUACGAUUUGUUUCAUGUGACUGUGAUACAGAAAGAGAUUGAAGAAAACGUUUAAAAGCAAGAGUAUAACUAUAACCAAACAAAACAAAUAAACAAAACAACGAAAGAGUUUCAAACCAUUUCAAACAAAACGACGAAUCAGCGAUUCUGUAGAAAAGCUGAACAGAUCCAAAUCGAACAUUUAUACACAUAAAAGUUUAAACGUUGUUAUAUUGUCACUAUAAACUGAUUUGUUUUUAUACUAUUUAUUGCAAAUUCGCAAAUCGCCUGUCCGAGCGAGAGAAACCAUAUCUCCGAAGACAAUUGGACAUUCGCGUGCCGGAUUCCCGAAGAUCACAGCGAAUGACAGCAGAUCAACGAAAACCGAACUAAGCAAAAAACAAAACGGAGACAAUUAAUAUAGGUGCGUAUAUUAAUCGACCCAAUCCGAAUCGAUCUGCUUCUGGUUCGGGAAGGUGCAAUUGCCGCGGGGAUGUCAUCGAUUGAAUGACAAACACGCUUGGAUUGUGGGAGCGAUGACAGUUCGUCGAAACAAAAACAUUGUACUCUGUAUUUGUAAAUUGAGUUCUAUAAUUUGACUAUUCAAAACGAUACCUUUUGUUUACCAGUAGUGUGUUUAAUGAAAUAUAAACUGAAUACGAAACAAAA